UCGCUCUGCUGGUGCCUCCCUCUAAGUCCGCCGUGUGGAAACCACAUCCUCCUCCGUGUUUUAGCGCCCGCUCGCUGUCAUUCGUCCAAGACAAGCCAGCCGGUGCGAUCGUGGCGCUGGCGGAGUGGAGCAGCUAGAGCCGCAUGUAAAUGAACACCUCCACCACCUUUGCCGUUGUCACCUGAGGAUCUCCGGGGGGCAAACCGACCGUCCCGUCCUCCCACCUGGAAGAGGAGCCGACCUUUUACCGAUAAGAGUGCCUCUCUGCCACCCCCUGCUGACCAUGCGGAGUGUGAGCGCCGUGAUCCUGGCAUUUGCCGCCGCCACCCUCGGCUCGGCAGACUCUGACACACACAGACCGAGACAUGACUCCAACCUGGAGAUCUACAAGCGGCUGUUUGAGACCAAGAGGAAAGAUCAGCUGAACGCGCUCAAGAACCUGGUGGAGCUGAAUGACAUCAACCAGCAGUACAAGAUCAUAGACAUCAUGCUCAAAGGCCUCUUCAAGGUGCUGGAGGACUCGAGACAAGUCCUGGUAGCGGCCAACAUGCAGCCCGACGACCCCUUCCCCAUGGAUGAUAAGAUCAAAGAAGCUUAUUCCCAUGUGGUGGAGAACACGGCGUUUUUCGGCGACGUGGCGCUGCGUUUCCCCCGCAUCGUCCACCACUACUACGACCGGAACGCCGACUGGAGCGGCCUGCUUCGCUGGGGCUUGAAUUUCUGUAACCAGACGGGAGUUUUCACGGGAGGAGCUCACCAGCACGUCCUCACACUAAUGUCACAGGAGCUGGGAAUAACCGAGAAAUCCCCAGACUUCAUAAACCCAUACCGCACAGAGCGAGAUGAUGUGCUUCACACUGCUGAUGCUUUCCAGAAGAUCCUGAGGGAGGAGGAGAAGCGGAGGAGGAAGGAGGAGAAGAGGAAAGAAAUCAGAAAAGGCCCUCGCAUCUCACGCUCUCGCACCGAGCUAUAGCGCUACAUCUGUGUGCUUGUGAAGAGCUAAGAAGAAGAAGAAGGAGGCAGAAGAGGAGGAGGAUUCACACGAUCCACAAGGGGUGGCUUUACUUGUAGACUCUGAUGACAGUGAAGAAGAAAAGCUGCCGUCACUUGUACAAAAGUCACAAGAGAGAACCCCUCAGUGUGACAGAGGAGCAGAAAAGCAGGCUCUGAUGAAGGCCUGAGUUGCUGUACAUCUGCAGUAAUUCAUAAUUGGGAAAAUCUAAUGCUAUACGACAGGUAACCGACGUCUCUGGAAAACCAAUUAAGGGAGAGCCUCGUUUUUUGAUAACUUGAGGAUUAUGUAACUGAACUUUGGAAUAUAAAUAAUUUUAGUAUAACCUGUUUACUUCAAAAACUUUGCGAAGCCCCGCUGUACUGUGUCUGGUCUAGAAUUAAUGUGUCUGAAACCCAUUUGCUUCAAAUACCUGUGGUUGCCAAAUAUAAAUUUGACCUCAUUAUAAUGUGGCCUGUUUCUGGUUAGGUUGAGUUUGAUUUGUUGCUGAUUUUUUUUUCUUGAACUGGGAAUUUUUAGGGAAACUUCUGAGGGGAUGUUUGUGAAUGUUUGAUGGUAUUUAUUUGCAUUUUUUAUGUCCAUCUGAGGGUGUUUUCCUUUUCAAAACCAUUCAUCUUUUUGUUUUUUCCUAAAUGCCCCCUAAUUCGAAGUGACUAUUUCAUUCUGUCAGAAUUACAGUAUUUGAAUCUUCAUUUUGCAGCGUCCUGUCUUUGUUUUUUGUUCAUUUUUCUCUUUAUAUCCUGAAAUCGACCCCUGCUAUUUGUUUAGCUCUAUGGAAUUGAAAUUGAUGUAAUUUUGAAUAGUAUUAUGACUGUUAUAAAACUAUGUGUAUAUUCAGAGAAAGAAUAUCAUUGCUGCAGAAUGAACAAGCCAUUUUGUUAACAAAUUUAAUGAAAUAAAGUGACUCUGAUAUGUAAAAUUCA